GGUCGGUGAUUGUCGGUAGUGGGCUGACUGGGCAGUGAGCACUUGCCACCACUUGCCACCACUUGCCACUUGAUUUGGGCUGUUUCAGUUGGUUUCAGUGGCAGUGGCAUCACCGUACCAGUGCGCACCGGUGACACUAGUGGCAGUAGUGGGUUCGCUCUCGCUCUCGAGUUGUUGCGAGCUAGUGCGGUGGCAGCUGACGCAGCUGAUCGGUGAAGGUAGAAGGAUUGAAUUCUCCCGCGUUCUCACAUAAUCUGAAUUUUUCUUCUGAAAGUUUCGGGUCUCCCUGUAUCCUGUACCUGACUUUCGGUCUCAACUUGCGCUUUCAGCUGAUCCAACGGUACGCCCGACGCGGUAUCAGCACUCGUCUUAUCAUUAUCGCCGGAAAGGAUCGUCUGACUGAAUAAUGCCGUGUCCAUUUUUGACCCGUUUGUCUGCAAACUACAUCCGCAAUUAUGGAUCAUCCCUGAUAAUGAAUUACCGGCAACAUUGCCCAGUAAUGUCAAGAUUGUUCAGUACAAUGGCAGAGUCGGAGGAGUCUCAGCCGAUUUCCGAGCCUAUACAAAAUCAGUGUCCCUUCUUAUCCAGAGAACGGGACGCCAUUAAGAAAGCCAGUCUAGCAAUGGAGGAAGAUGUUAUCAAUCUAGGUGCUACGGAGCAAAAAGAGGAGGCGCAGUUUCCUUAUGAGGAAUUUUUCCACGAGCAACUUAUGCGAAAGAAGAAGGAUCAUUCGUAUCGUGUAUUCAAGAAAGUCAAUCGUCUGGCUGAAAACUUUCCAGUGGCUAUGGAAUACUCAUGGGGCGAGAGACCCAUAACGGUAUGGUGCUCCAACGAUUAUCUAGGAAUGUCACGUCAUCCCGCGGUGAUAAGCGCAGUUCGUGAAGCGUUGGACAAGUUCGGUGCUGGCGCCGGAGGCACGAGAAACAUCUCGGGCAAUUCCAUGGGUCAUGAGAUGUUGGAGAAACGACUGGCGCUGCUGCAUCAGAAAGAGGCUGGUUUGCUUUUCACUUCCUGCUUCGUUGCUAACGACUCUACCUUAUUCACGUUAGCGAGAAUUUUACCAGAUUGUCACGUCUUCUCCGAUGCUGGGAAUCAUGCCUCUAUGAUACAGGGCAUAAGAAACAGUGGCGUGCCGAAGCAUAUAUUCCGGCACAACGACGUGCAACAUCUGGAGGAGCUCCUGUCGAAGGUGGGCAAAAGCGUGCCAAAGAUUGUGGCGUUUGAGACGGUGCAUUCCAUGACCGGCGAUAUCUGUCCGUUAGAAGAGUUGUGCGACGUCGCACAUAAAUACGGCGCGAUAACGUUCGUCGACGAAGUCCACGCAGUCGGCUUAUAUGGCUUCUCUGGUGCUGGCAUCGGCGAGAGGGAUUGGGCACUUCACAAAAUGGACAUUAUAUCCGGCACCUUGGGAAAGGCUUUUGGCAACGUGGGUGGCUACAUCGUUGGUUCCGCAAAGCUGAUAGAUAUGAUAAGAAGUUAUGCAGCCGGCUUUAUUUUUACUACUUCGCUACCGCCUACUGUCCUGUACGGAGCUUUGGCAUCCGUCGAGAUUUUGGCAUCGGACGAGGGCAGAUCAUUGAGGACGAAUCACCAGAAAAAUGUCGCCUAUAUGAAGUCUAUUCUUACUGCCGCCGGUCUUCCGUUAGAAACGUCGCCCUCUCACAUUAUUCCGAUAAAAAUAGGAGAUCCAUUGGUGUGUAGUCAAAUAGCAGACUAUUUAUUAAGAGAUAAAGGACAUUAUGUGCAAGCUAUAAAUUAUCCAACAGUUCCAAAGGGCGAAGAGAAAUUGAGAUUAGCCCCAACACCGAAACAUACUCAAGACAUGAUGGAUAAAUUCAUGCGAGACACGUUAGAUGUUUUUCAUCAGUUGAAUAUAUUCAAGACGGCCACCAAAUCGAACGAUGCACCGCGUGCUAUUCUGGUUCAUUGACGAAUGUAUACCUAUAAUAUAUGAUUAUCGUACGCAUGAUCAAACGUACAAACAAAACCUAUCUAUUACAGAUAUCCUAUAUAUGUCCUAUUUAAGGAUAUAUAGAUAUCCUACAGAUUUAUUUAUCUAUCCUGUUUAUCCAUUGUGUUCCAAUGACAUUUGGAAUUAUCAAUAUAUAAAUC